AUGGACACCCUCGGCCAAUUCUUCGACACCCUCGCGCGCAAGGAACCAACGCUCACGACCUCCCUCUCAUGCAUCAUUCCCCGCAGCCCCUCCGACCAGCCCAUCCUCGAGCUCUUCGGCGAGAUCGACUUCCGCGAGAAAGACCCCCACCGACAUGAUACUUUCAGAGCGGACCAAGAAUCCGACCGCGACAUCGGCGACCGCGCUCGAAAGGAUUACAGGAAAAACUGCCGAGAGUCUGGGGAGAACUAUGAGAGGUGUGAGCGGAGACUGUGCUUGAGAUGCACUUCUAAUCCGGGGAUGAAGUCGAGGAACGGAGGGGAGUUUCCGCCGUCGAUAUCGUCGAUCGGGACGAACGGAAGGCCGUGGGUGUACUACCAGUCGAUCAAGGAGGAUGGCAGGUGCGUGAUUAAGGAGAUCACGAUCCCCUGCCGGGAGUGCCUGCACGCCGUUCGCGAGAACGGGAGGCUGUUGUUGCAUCUGGGACAUCCGAAGAACGACCAUUCGGAAUUCGGAGCACAAGACGAAGAAGAUGAUGAAGGAAAAAUGGGGGAAGGAGUGGAAGAGAAGAGAGAGAAUAUUGGUGAAGUUGACAAGGAUGAGUGA